UCACAGAAUCAAAUAAAAUGAGGACGAUGGUGAAGGGUGGUGGGGUAUGGAAGAAUACGGAGGACGAAAUAUUGAAAGCGGCGGUGAUGAAAUAUGGCAAGAAUCAAUGGCCCAGAAUUUCUUCUCUUUUACUUCGAAAAUCAGCCAAUCAAUGCAAGGCGCGUUGGUACCAGUGGCUCGAUCCCUCCAUCAAAAAGACUGAGUGGACUCGAGAGGAAGACGAGAAAUUGUUGCAUCUUGCAAAGAGUAUGCCCACACUAUGGAGAACUAUGUCGAUUUUCGGGCGUACUUCAUCUCAGUGCCUAGAAAGGUACGAGAAGCUCCUCGAUGCAGCCUGUGGUAAUAAUAUUGACGAUUACGACCCUCGAAAGUUGCGUCCUGGAGAGAUUGACCCCAAUCCUGAAUCCAAACCAGCUCGUCCCGAUCCUGUGGAUAUGGACGAGGAUGAAAAGGAGAUGCUUUCCGAAGCAAGAGCUAGGUUAGCCAACACAAGAGGCAAGAAGGCGAAGCGGAAAGCCAGAGAGAAGCAGCUUGAAGAGGCUCGGAAGCUCGCUUCUUUGCAGAAAACAAGAGAACUAAAAGCAGCUGGUGCUGACGUGCGUCAAAGGAAGAGAAAGACAAGUGGGAUCGAUUAUAAUGCCGAAAUACCCUUUGAGAAGAAGCCGCCUCCAGGUUUUUACGAUAUCGGGGAUGAAGAUCGGCCUGUGGAAUUAUUCAAGUUCCCUACUAGUAUUGAAGAGAUCGAAGGUGAACAAAGAGUUGAUAAAGAAGCGCUUCUACGGAAGAAGGACGUUGCGAGAAAUAAAAUAGCGCAGAGGCAUUGUGCUCCGUCGGCUAUUUUGCAAGGUAGCAAGCUUAAUGAUCUUGAAGCGGUUCGGAAAAGGUCUAGACUAAAUCUACCUGCUCCACAAAUUCGAGACCGUGAUUUGGAAGCCAUGGCUAAGAUAGGUAUUGCUAGUGAUCUCGUUGGAAAUGACGACAUUGGUAUGCGUGGCUGUGGCAAAUUAAGGCGAUCUGAGUUGAGAAAAGAAGUGCUUUCUGGAUUUAAAAAUGUUCCGCAACCCAAGAAUGAGUACCGGGUUGUUACGGAACGAUUUCGUGACGAUGACGAUGAAGAAGAACCGGGUGAGAAAUUGGAGGAAGAUAUCUCGGACAGAAUCGAUAGAGAGAGGGCUGAGGAAGAAGCAUUACUCGAGAAAAAGAAAAGGGCUUCAUCGGACCUUGUUAGAAAUUCUUUGGUGAGAUCCGACAAAGACAAGAGCUCCUUUGUUCAUCCUACGCCAGUUGAGCUGGCCGAUGAAUUGAUAAGGAAGGAGCUUCGGUCUUUGCUCGAUGAAAAAGCCAUCAAGAAAGGCAAGCGUGCUGCAAACGAGAAAUCUGUGCAUGUGCCUUCCGUUGACGAUUUUGAAGAAUAUGAACUAAAAGAGGCUGACGAAUUAAUAAAGGAUGAAGCCAAAUUUCUUUGUAAAUGAAAUUAAUAAAACAUGAUUAAAUGCUUUA